AGUACAGAUUUUUCUCAGGAAGCUGGGGGUAAAUUGUAUUCAAAAGGCAAUUCCAGCAAGGUAGUGUCUGACUGCGAUAUUCUGCCCGUUAGGUUUAGCAAAUACUACAAUCUGUAGAAGAUGCCAUUGGGUGGUAUUUGUUCGGAAAAAUCACAAAAGGAAUCGUUACAUUGAAUGUUGUUUUCUUCCCUGACCCCCUCUCUUGCACGCACAGGACCUGAUGUCAUCAGGAACCUGACUAUCAUUGCAAUAUCAACAACGUCUGUCUCGCUGUCCUGGGCUCCUCCUGUGGGAAAUGCUGCCUUUUACAGUGUACUAUGGAAUGACAGCAGUACUCAGCAGAAUACUACUUCAUUUAACACAUCCAUAACUAUUAGUAAUCUGACCGCUGGAACUCAGUAUACAUUCAGUGUCAAUGCGAUGGCAGGAGACAAUCAAACUGCAGGAGCUCCUAUGAGUGUGUCACAUUUUACCAGACCUGAUAUCAUCAGGAACCUCACUGUGACUGUAAUAUCACCAACAUCUGUCUCAUUGUCCUGGGCUCCUCCUGUGGGAAAUGCUGCCUUUUACAGUGUACUAUGGAAUGCCAGCAGUACUCAGCAGAAUACUACUUCACUUAACACAUCCAUAACAAUUAGUAAUCUGACCGCUGGAACUCAGUAUACAUUCAGUGUCACUGCGAUUGCAGGAGAUAAUCAAACUGCAGGAGCUCCUAUCAGUCUGUCGCGAUAUACCAGACCUGAUGUCAUCAGGAACCUGACUAUCAUUGCAAUAUCAACAACGUCUGUCUCGCUGUCCUGGGCUCCUCCUGUGGGAAAUGCUGCCUUUUACAGUGUACUAUGGAAUGACAGCAGUACUCAGCAGAAUACUACUUCACUUAACACAUCCAUAACUAUUAGUGAUCUGACCGCUGGAACUCAGUAUACAUUCAGGGUCACUGCGAUGGCAGGAGACAAUCAAACUGCAGGAGCUCCUAUGAGUGUGUCACAUUUUACCAGACCUGAUAUCAUCAGGAACCUCACUGUGACUGUAAUAUCACCAACAUCUGUCUCAUUGUCCUGGGCUCCUCCUGUGGGAAAUGCUGCCUUUUACAGUGUACUAUGGAAUGCCAGCAGUACUCAGCAGAAUACUACUUCACUUAACACAUCCAUAACAAUUAGUAAUCUGACCGCUGGAACUCAGUAUACAUUCAGUGUCACUGCUAUUGCAGGAGAUAAUCAAACUGCAGGAGCUCCUAUCAGUCUGUCACAAUAUACCAGACCUGAUGUCAUCAGGAACCUCAAUGUGACUGUAAUAUCACCAACAUCUGUCUCGCUGUCCUGGGCUCCUCCUGGGGGAAAUGCUGCCUUUUACAGUGUACUAUGGAAUGCCAGCAGUACUCAGCAGAAUACUACUUCACUUAAGACAUCCAUCACCAUCACUAAUCUGACCGCUGGAACUCAGUAUACAUUCAGUGUCACUGGGAUUGCAGGAGAUAAUCAAACUGCAGGAGCAUCUACGAGCGUGUCACAAUAUACCAAACCUGAUGUCAUCAGGAACCUCAAUGUGACUGUAACAUCACCAAAAUCUGUCUCAUUGUCCUGGGCUCCUCCUGUGGGAAAUGCUGCCUUUUACAGUGUACUAUGGAAUGACAGCAGUACUCAGCAGAAUACUACUUCACUUAACACAUCCAUAACAAUUAGUAAUCUGACCGCUGGAACUCAGUAUACAUUCAGUGUCACUGCGAUUGCAGGAGAUAAUAAAACUGCAGGAGCUCCUAUCAGUCUGUCACAAUAUACCAGACCUGAUGUCAUCAGGAACCUCACUGUGACUGUAAUAUCACCAACAUCUGUCUCAUUGUCCUGGGCUCCUCCUGUGGGAAAUGCUGCCUUUUACAGUGUACUAUGGAAUGCCAGCAGUACUCAGCAGAAUACUACUUCACAUAACACAUCCAUAACCAUUAGUAAUCUGACCGCUGGAACUCAGUAUACAUUCAGUGUGACUGCGAUUGCAGGAGAUAAUCAAACUGCAGGAGCUCCUAUACGUCUGGUUGUAUGUCUCAGACCUGAUGUCAUCAGGAGCCUCACUGUGACUGUAAUAUCACCAACAUCUGUGUCAUUGUCCUGGACUCCUCCUGUGGGAAAUGUUGCCUUUUACAGUGUACUAUGGAAUGACAGCAGUACUCAGCAGAAUACUACUUCACUUAACACAUCCAUAACUAUUAGUUAUCUGACCGCUGGAACUCAGUAUACCUUUAGUGUCACUGCGAUUGCAAGAGAUAAUCAAACUGCAGGAGCUCCUAUCAGUCUGUCACAAUAUACCAGACCUGAUGUCAUCAGGAACCUGACUAUCAUUGCAAUAUCACCAACGUCUGUCUCGCUGUCCUGGGCUCCUCCUGUGGGAAAUGCUGCCUUUUAUAAUGUACUAUGGAAUGACAGCAGUACUCAGCAGAAUACUACUUCACUUAACACAUCCAUAACUAUUAGUAAUCUUACCGCUGGAACUCAGUAUACAUUCAGUGUCACUGCGAUUGCAGGAGAUAAUCAAACUGCAGGAGCUCCUAUCAGUCUGUCACAAUAUACCAAUCUUACAAAACCAAUCUGUUCUGUGUCAAAUGGAGGCACAAAUAAUUCAAUUAACGUCAACUGGACAGCUCCCGUAGGCCAUGUAGAACGAUAUGUAGUCAAUCUUACAAGUCAGUACAAUGAGACCAGUAUGAAUUCCACCUGUUGUUCACAAAGUUAUACUGGCUUGGUGGCUGGAACUUGGUACAAUGCCACAGUGGCAGCAAUCAGCGGCCCCAUCUCUGCAGUAUCAGACCCAUGUUCAACUGCAACUUAUCCAAAUGAACCCGGAACUAUCAUAAUCACAAACAAGAAUGUAAGUUCCAUUAAUUUGACGUGGAGUCCCGCUGUGCCCCAAGCAAGGCAGUUUAGCUACAUUGUGAGCUAUGCAUCUUCAGCACUUUACACAAUUACAGUUUCUACAAACAGUGCCACCUUGUCUUCACUGCUCUCUGGGACAGCAUACAAUAUCUCCGUGGUAACGGUUGGACCCCUGGACUUAACCAGCAAACCAGUCUGGAAAUAUCUGGUCACAACUUUGCCAGAGAGUGUUCAGGGUCUCCAGGUGUUUAACACCUCGACGACUGCAAUUACACUAAAUUGGAGUCGGCCUGUGCAUUACAAUGGGUAUCAGUACAUGGUUAUGAAAAAUGGGACAAUCAUCAAAAACGUAUCAAAUAUGAUCCUGAAUGUGGAUGGUCUCAGUCCUGGAACAUGCUAUUCAUUCUCCGUGAUAACACUGGCGGCUGAUGGCACAGGAAGUGUGGGGGUCAAUGUUAUUGGCUAUACAGAUGCUGCUCCACCAAAAGACUUCGCGUGUACUGGCCCAAAUGGAGCGGAUGCGUAUAUCAAUAUAUCUUGGCAAAAGCCUGCAGGAAACUACAAAGGCUAUCAGAUUACCGUAAACGGUGUGAAUGUGAACGUGUCGGCCAGCGAUACUUCUCACGUUUGGCACGAUCUUGCAUAUAGCAUGACAUACACAGUGACGAUCAUGACUGUCGGGCCAGGAAAAAAUAGCCAAAAAUUGCCCAUAUCAUGUACAACGGGCGUCACAGCUCCACCCAUGAUCAAUGUGAAUCCAAGUGCAUUAUCACCCUCACAAUCCAGUUACAAUAUGUUUGUUUUGAAUUUACAAAGUACAAUCUUCAAUAACAGCAAUGGCAACAUUACACAUGUUGGUGUCUUGGUUGCGAUAGAAGGCAGUGGUAAUACAAACGAUAAACAAUAUUUAAGCGAAACCUGUGAUGCCUGGAAUGCAAAUAAUCAAGUUGGUGCUUACCUCGCAGUAGUAACGAAAUUGCAGGGAGGGACUAGGCAGGCCAGCCAGGCCGAUCAAAUCUCUAUUACUGUCGGAGACAACACUCAGUGGAAUGCAUACCAGAAUGCAGCCCUACAACCAACAAAGAGUUAUAGCUACUCUAUUGCUGCGUUUACGUCACUCAUUACGGACAACAACAACAUCGUGAACAUCGCUCAGUCGUUCUUCAGCCUGUCGGGUCCUUUUUUCGUUACCCUUCCUCAAAAUCCAGCUGUCAUCGGUGGAGCAGUAGGUGGGGUUUUCGCAGUCUUAAUCAUUUUAAUUAUCGCUGUUAUCAUCGGUGUGCUUUUUUGGAGAAGAAAACAACCCAGAAGAGAAGUAACGGAAAUCCCUAUUCAGUCUAUGAGGUAUAUUUUGCAGUUACGUGUGAAGAAAUAUAAAUGAACUUCAGUGCAUUGAGUUUAGGGCUGCAGCUAUCGAUUAUUUUAGUAAUCGAGUAUUCUAUCAAUUAUUCCAUUGAUUAAUCGAGUAAUCGGAUAAGAAAUACCUUUGUCUGAUUAAAGAGCAAUCGUAAUUAUUCUUAAAAUGAAUAACUCAUGGGCUUCUGUUUUAGGAACAUUUUUUAAUGAUUGAACUCCAUACAACUGACAAAAGAACUAAACCCUUUUACUGCAUUUAUGUAGAUAUUUGUUUUGCCUUUUAAAAGAAAACACUUUCUUAAAUGCAAAAAAUAAAUAAAAUGAUGUCAAAUAAAAUUACUGAAAAA